UCUUGUGAAGCUGGCCUGUUCCACCGAGCAAUCUCAUCUCACUCCCACCAGCCUGAGGAGAAGGAGGUACUCCCACUGUCCCCCCUCAGAGCCAUCCUUGGGCUUGAGGCUGGAUUUCAGGGGCAUGAGAGAGCUCCCCAUGGAUCUACCUUAUUACCACGGCCCUCUGUCCAAGCGAGACUGUGAGACCUUGCUGCUCAAGGAAGGGGUGGAUGGCAACUUUCUGUUAAGAGACAGCGAGUCUAUUCCAGGAGUCCUUUGCCUCUGUGUCUCGUUUAAAAAUUUCGUCUACACAUACCGAAUCUUCAGAGAGAAACAUGGGUGUUACAAUAUACAGACUGUGGAAGGCGCUCAAAAACAGCUCUUUCCAAACCUAAAGGAAUUGGUCGCCAGAUUUGAAAAACCAGAUCAAGGGCUGGUGGUCCCCCUUUUAAAGCCAAUAAGGAAACCCAGCCCCUACCUGAGAUGGAGAAGACCGAAGAUUCAGUUGGAGGAGAACAGUAACGAGGACUAUGUGGAUGUCUUGCCUUGAAGAUAAGGAGACAGGACCAAGCGGUUAGAGAAGAGAUGGGUGACAGCUCUCCCUGGCCUCCCUGCCUCUCCUGCAGGUGGAGGUCUGGGAGGCCGAACCCUAGGGGACAGCUCAGAUGCUGCGGGUCCAGGAAACGGAAGAUGCUCUGUCCACCAGCCUCGGAGGACUCCCUCCCCAGGUGCCCACCUCCCAGGCAUACCCCGCGAGCAGCUUCGAGUCCCUCUCCCCUCUCUCCUCUCUCUUGGAAGAGAACAGCCUGAACCUGUUCUCCCUGACGUGCUACAGGCACCGCCACUAACUAUGCCACAGUUGACACCCGCCCCCGGCCAGGCACCCAGGGGGGCAGCGUCACACGGAAGAGCGGGCAUGAGGCACACGUUCCAAUCCACAGCUGUGUGACUCUGCACGCACCGCCUCCCCUGCCCAGGUCUCUGUCUCUCCAUUUAUAAAACAAGCGGCUGGCAGGGUGGUGCACACUGCCCCCGCCUCUCUGCUGGGCCCGGUGUGCGUGGUGGCGCCGGGAGGCCUGGAGCGAUGGACAUGCGCACAGGGACGACCAGCGAGGUGUCAGGGGCCCCGUCCCCCAAACGGCCAGCCGGGCCUCUGCACCCACGGAGCUGGUCCUGGCCGUUGGGGGGGGGGCCCUGCCCCUGCCCCACCCAUGCACCCUUCUCCCUCCAGCCUGG